CUACCAGCCACCUCUCUCUUCCUCUCCUUCACUCAAUCUUCUUCUCCAUCUCUCUUCUGUCUCUUCUCCUCCGGUCCUCCGGUCUCUGCUAUGCCAGCUCACACCAGCAGCGUGUCGCCCGAUCCCAGACCGACAGCCCGUCAGCGGUCAUCCUGUCCGAGCCUUGACAUGGACAUGUGUGUGCGGGAUAUUCGCGAUUGAUCUUCGGGCGUAAUUUAUUUUUUUGUUUUGUUUUUUUUGUUGUUGUUUUGCUUUUUUUUUCUUUUUUUAAUUUUGUAUAACAACGAAAGAAAAAGGAGGAGGGGGGCGGCCGUCCUCUUUUACCCCCCUCCGCUUCCUUCAGCCAAGCAGAGCGGCAAGGUGGGGAGAAGGCUUUAAAAUUAAGCCAGCUUGGAUUUAUUUAACAGCAAAAUGACGGAUUUGGGAGCGCCGGGGCUGCUGCUGAUGAGGAGGAGGAGGCUGAACGUGAAGAACACGGGCAGGCUGAGACGCGACCUCCCGCUUCUCCUCCUGCUGGGGCUCCUCUUCGGGGAUUUCUCCUCGUCCAAGGCUGAAUCCUGUGGCGGUGUAGUCCAAGGACUGAAUGGUACCAUAGAAUCACCCGGUUUCCCGCACGGCUAUCCCAACUACGCCAACUGUACAUGGCUGAUAAUAACAGGGGAGAGGAACCGGAUCCAGCUAACCUUCGUCACGUUGGCGCUGGAGGAAGACUUUGAUAUUGUAUCAGUUUACGAUGGACAACCAUCACCUGGCAACUUGAAAAUGAGGUUGUCAGGAUUCAUGCUGCCCUCCCCUAUAGUCAGCAGUGGAUCUAUAUUGGCCUUGUGGUUUACCACAGACUUCGCCGUCAGUGCACAGGGCUUCAAAGCUGUAUAUGAAGUCCUGCCCAGCCACACAUGUGGCACUCCCGGCCUCAUUCCAAACGGAGUCAUUCAUGGCUCGCGGUACAACAUGGGGGACAAGAUCCGAUACAGCUGUGAGUCCGGUUUUGUGCUGGAAGGACACAGCAUCCUCACGUGUAUUGUAUCGCCUGGCAGUGGAGCACAGUGGGACUUCCCGUCACCGUUUUGCAGAGCCGAGGGAGCAUGUGGCGGUACAUUAAGAGGCACUGCGGGUUCGAUAACCAGCCCUGGAUACCCCGCAGAGUACGACAACAACCUGGACUGCACGUGGUCAAUCCUGUCCGAACCCGGGGACACUAUAGCUCUCGUCUUCAACGACUUCUUGUUAGAGGACAAAUAUGACUUCCUGGAAAUCAGCGGGACAGAGGCGCCCAGCAUAUGGCUGACUGGCACAACCCUGCCUUCACCAGUGAUAUCAAGUAAGAACUGGCUGAGGAUACAUUUCACCUCAGACAGCAACCAUCGAAGAAAAGGAUUCAGCGCUCAGUACCAAGUGAAGAAAGCAAUAGAGCUGAAGUCCAGAGGGGUGAAGAUGAUGCCCAGCAAAGACUCCAGUCACAAAAAUGCCGUCUUGAGUCAAAGUGGGCUUGCUGGUGAUGUUUGUCCAGAUCCUGGUGUUCCAGAAAAUGGCAAGAGGAUGGGCUCCGCCUUCCAAGUUGGCUCCAGUGUCCAGUUCAGUUGUGAUGACAGCUAUGUACUACAAGGAUCUAAAAGUAUCACCUGUCAACGAGUCACCGACACACUAGCUGCCUGGAGUGACCACAGACCCAUCUGCAGAACUCGUACAUGUGGCAGCAACCUAAGGGGGCCCAGAGGGAUCAUAACUUCUCCUAACUACCCUGUUCAAUAUGAGAACAACGCACACUGUGUGUGGGUCAUUGCUGCAAUGGACUCUGAGAAGGUGAUAAAGCUGUCAUUUGAGGAGUUUGACCUGGAAAGAGGAUAUGACACAUUAACUGUGGGAGAUGGAGGGAAGAUUGGUGACACUCGGAGGGUACUCUACGUACUAACUGGCUCCAGUGUCCCCGACCUCAUCGUCAGCUUGUCCAAUCAGAUGUGGCUACACCUGCAGUCUGAUGACACAAUCGGUUCUGCAGGGUUCAAGGCUGUCUAUGAAGAGAUCGAACGAGGAGGUUGUGGUGAUCCCGGGGUGCCAGCAUUUGGUCGCCGUAGCGGGGAUCGCUUUCAACACGGUGACGUGCUGACCUUCUUUUGCCAGUCGGCCUUUGAACUAGUGGGAGAGAGGACUAUCACAUGCCAGCAUAAUAACCAGUGGUCUGGCAAUAAACCCAGUUGUAUCUUCUCAUGCUUCUUCAACUUCACGGCUCCAUCGGGGACUAUAUUGUCCCCAAACUACCCAGAGGAGUAUGGAAACAACCUGAACUGUGUGUGGUUGAUUAUCUCUGAACCAGGGAGCCGCAUUCAUCUUCUAUUCUCCGACUUUGACCUGGAGCCACAGUUCGACUGGUUGGUGGUCAAAGAUGAAGGCCUGUCUGAGCAAACAACAUUUGGGACGUUCUCAGGGAAAGAUGUUCCGUCACAGAUCGCCUCGAACGGACACAUCAUGAGACUGGAGUUCCAGUCUGAUCAUUCGAAUACUGGAAAAGGCUUCAAUAUCAGCUACACCACCUUUGGUCAGAAUGAGUGUCAUGACCCGGGGGUUCCUGUCAAUGGUCAGAGGUAUGGUGACCAGUUUCAGCUCGGCAGCUCCGUGGCUUUUCGCUGUGACCAAGGAUUCAUUAGAACACAGGGGUCUGAUCAGGUGACUUGUAUCAUCCAGGAUGGAAAUGUUGUUUGGUCUGCGGCUGUACCUCGCUGUGAAGCUCCAUGUGGAGGCCAUCUCACAGCUCCUACUGGUGUUCUGCUGUCUCCUGGUUGGCCCUCCUUCUAUAAAGAUUCUCUGAACUGCCAGUGGGUGAUUGAAGCCCAGCCAGACCAUGCUGUGAAGAUCCACUUUGACAGGUUUCAGACUGAGGUCAACUAUGACACACUGGAAAUCAGGGAUGGCCCCUCCACCUCGUCUCCUCUUAUCGGCGAAUACCAUGGCACCCAAGCACCUCAUUUCCUGAUUUCCACAUCCAACGUCCUCUUCCUGUUGUUCACCACGGACAAUAGCCGCUCUGCAGCGGGCUUCAGCAUCAGAUAUGAAAGUGUGAGAAUGGAGUUAGACUCCUGUCUUGAUCCCGGUAUACCAGUCAAUGGUCGUCGCCAUGGCAGCAGCUUCUCCAUUGGCUCUCGUGUAUCAUUUACAUGUGACCUAGGAUACACACUGAGUGAUCAGGAGCCAAUUGUCUGUGAGCAAAAUCAUCAGUGGAGUCACGCUCUUCCCAGUUGUGAUGCUCUUUGUGGAGGCUAUGUCUAUGGUAAAACAGGGACAAUUCUGUCUCCUGGCUUUCCUGACUUCUACCCAAAUUCUCUGAACUGCACCUGGACUAUAGAGGUGUCUCAUGGGAAAGGAGUCCAUCUGGUUUUCCACACCUUCCAUCUGGAAGAGAACCAUGACUACCUUUCCAUCAUUGAAGACGGCAAUUUUCAGGUUCCAGUAGCGCGACUGACCGGCUCAGUGCUGCCCCCUAGUGUCAAAGCAGGGCUCUAUGGGAACUUCAGCGCUCAGCUACGUUUCAUCUCGGAUUUUUCCAUGAGUUAUGAAGGCUUUAAUAUUACUUUCUCAGAAUACGACUUGGAGCCAUGUGAGGAUCCCGGUGUUCCGGCAUACAGCAGGCGGAUGGGAUUCAGAUUUCGAGUUGGCGACUCACUGGCCUUCUCUUGUUUCCAUGGCUACCGACUUGAGGGAGACAGCAAGAUCACUUGUCUGGGAGGCGGCAGGCGAGUCUGGAGCAACAUACUCCCGCGAUGUAUAGCGGAGUGUGGAGCCUCCUCACUAGGACCAGAAGGCGUUCUCCUGUCUCCUAACUUCCCAUCCAACUACGAUAACAACCAUGAGUGCAUCUACCGCAUCACUACUGAAAAGGGCAAAGGAAUCAGGCUGAAAGCUGAGAGCUUUUCAUUGCAAGAUGGAGACUAUCUCAAGGUGUAUGAUGGAGAGAACACUUCAUCCCGUCUCCUUGGCAACUUUACACGUGAUGGCAUCAUGGGUCAUAUCAUCAAUAGUACAUCCAAUCGCUUGUGGCUGGAGUUCAACAGCAACGCUUCUGGAACUGAUCAGGGCUUCCGCCUCACAUACACAAGUUUUGACCUAGUACGCUGCGAGGAGCCAGGUGUCCCUAGUUAUGGCUAUAAGAUCCAGGAUGAUGGUCAUUAUGCCAACACUUUUGUGUUGUAUUCCUGCAACCCUGGAUACAGCCUCCAUGGCAGCAGUACAUUGACCUGCCUCAGCGGUGACAGACGUGUCUGGGACAAAGCACUACCUUCCUGUAUCGCGGAGUGUGGAGGUCACAUAACUGGAGCAGUGUCUGGGCGGAUUCUGUCGCCAGGAUAUCCUGCUCCAUAUGACAACAACCUUCACUGUACCUGGACUAUAGAGGCUGACACAGGCAAGACAAUCAGCCUCCACUUCAUUGUCUUUGACACUGAGGUCGGCCACGAUAUCCUCAGAGUUUGGGAUGGUCCAUCUGGGCCAUCAGAUGGAGGGAUCCUUUUGAAAGAAUGGUCUGGCCCAGCCUUACCUGAAGAUAUCCACUCGACCUUCAACGUACUCACACUGCAGUUUGAUUCUGAUUAUUUCAUCAGCAAGCAAGGAUUUUCUAUACAAUUCUCCACUACGACAGCAACAACCUGCAAUGAUCCAGGCAUCCCUGUCAAUGGUUCUCGAUAUGGGGACAGUAAGGAGCCGGGUGACAGUAUGACGUUCCAGUGCGAUCCAGGCUACCAGCUGCAAGGCCAGGAUACCAUCACAUGUGUGCGGAUGGAUAACAGGUUCUACUGGCAGCCUGACCCUCCAACAUGUAUAGCGACAUGUGGGGGUAACGUCAGUGGGCCUUCUGGAGUAAUUCUGUCUCCGAACUACCCCCAGCCUUACCCCGCAGGGAAAGAGUGUGAUUGGAGGAUCAGAGUGAACCCUGACUUUGUCAUUGCUCUUAUCUUCAAAAGUUUCAACAUGGAGCCAAGUUACGACUUCCUGCAUAUCUACGAGGGGGAAGACUCUAACGGGCCGUUACUAGCAAGUCUCCAAGGCAACCAGGCCCCAGAUCGCAUAGAGAGCAGUGGUAACAGUCUCUUCCUGGCGUUCAGAUCUGAUGCCUCACUGGGCAUGUCUGGGUUCGCCAUCGAAUUCAGAGAAAAACCAAGGGAGGCCUGUUUUGACCCUGGCAACAUUAUGAACGCCAGUCGGACAGGUUAUGACUAUAAACUGGGAUCUCAGGUCUCCUACAACUGCCACCAUGGCUACACAACAGUGGGCGGGGAAACCAUCACCUGUGUCAUGGGGAAUGAUGGGAAGCCUGUGUGGGACAAGGCUCUGCCAUCUUGUAAAGCUCCAUGUGGAGGACAGUAUGGUGGCUCCGAAGGCGUUGUUUUGUCUCCUAACUAUCCUCUAAACUACACGACCAGACAGACCUGCUCCUACUACAUCACUGUGUCUCCACAGUUUGUGGUGUUUGGUCAGUUUGCAGUUUUCCAGACAGCGAUGAACGACUCAGUGGAGCUGUUUGAUGGAGCCAAUGAGAAUGCUCGAUUGCUCAGCUCCCUGGCUGGGUCACAUUCAGGAGAAACGCUGCCAUUGGCAACUUCCAAUCAGAUCAUGCUGCGGUUCAAUGCUAAGAGCGGCCAAUCAGCUAGGGGUUUUCACUUUGUCUACCAAGCCGUGCCUCGCACCAGUGACAGCCAGUGCAGUUCAGUGCCAGAGCCUCGGUAUGGCAGGCGGAUCGGUUCAGAGUUCUCUGCUGGCUCUGUGGUCCGGUUUGAGUGCAGUCCAGGCUAUCUGUUGAAAGGAUCCAGUGCUAUCCGGUGCCAGGCCGUGCCAGGUGCCCUAGCACAGUGGAAUGCGACAACACCAACCUGUAUAGUUCCCUGCAGUGGAAAUUUGACUGAACGUCGCGGCACAAUAUUGUCUCCUGGCUUUCCUGAGCCAUACCCAAACAGUCUCAACUGUCUGUGGAGGAUCCAUGUCAGUGAGGGGGCAGGGAUACAGAUCCAAGUGAUGACGUUUGCGACUGAACACAACUGGGAUUCGCUGGAGAUUUACGAUGGAGGAGACAUGACAGCUCCCAAAUUAGGGUCAUUUUCUGGAACAACUGCUCCCGCCCUCCUCAACUCAACGUCCAAUCAGCUCCUUCUCCACUUUCAGAGUGACAUCAGUGUGGUGGCAGCAGGUUUUCACCUAGAAUACAAGACUGUUGGUCUUACCACCUGUCCAGAGCCAAUGAUUCCUGCUAAUGGCAUUAAAACGGGGGACAGAUAUAUGGUCAAUGAGGUGGUAGCAUUUACCUGUGAACCUGGGUACGCAUUACAGGGCCACUCUCACAUUUCCUGCAUGCCUGGGACGGUGCGUCGAUGGAACUACCCACCGCCUCUUUGCAUAGCUCGGUGUGGCGGGGUGUUGUCUGAGAUGAGUGGUGUCAUCCUCAGUCCAGGUUUCCCUGGAAACUACCCAGGCAACCUGGACUGCACCUGGCAGAUCACCCUGCCAACUGGAUAUGGAGCCCAUAUUCAGUUCCAAAACUUCUCUUCUGAAGACAACCAUGACUUCCUCGAGGUCAGGGCUGGACCACAACACAGCUCUGCUCUUAUUGGACAGUUUACUGGCUCACAAAUCCCACCAACUCUGCUGAGCACAACCCACCUGACAAUCAUCCAUUUCUACAGUGACCACUCAGAGAACAGGCCGGGGUUCAAACUGAACUAUCAAGCCUAUCAACUUCAGAACUGCCAGGACCCUUUUCCUUUCCCCAAUGGUGACAUCAUCAACAGUGACUAUGGCGCUGGCCAAUCAGUAACUUUUCAGUGCUACCCCGGUUACGUGUUGAUUGGACACCCAGUACUAACAUGCCUGCAUGGGACCAACAGGAAGUGGAACCACCCGUUUCCACGCUGUGAGGCUCCUUGCGGCUAUAACGUCACAGCUGAAAAUGGAACCAUCUAUUCACCCCAGUAUCCCAACGAAUACCCCAACUCCCAAGACUGCAGCUGGCUCAUCACUGUUCCCCACGGACAUGGAGUCUAUAUCAACUUUACCUUAUUGCAGACGGAGCCUGUCACUGAUUACAUCGCCGUCUGGGACGGCCCGGAUACCUCCAGUCCUCAGCUUGGAGUCUUCAGUGGCAACACUGCAUUAGAGUCCGCCUACAGUACCAGCAUGAAAGUCUUCAUCCGGUUCCACUCAGACUUUUCAACUGGGGGAUUCUUUAUUCUCAACUUUCAUGCCUACCGCCUGAAGAAAUGCCCUCCUCCCCCUGCUGUGGAGAACGCAGAGGUGAUCUAUGAAGAUGAAGACUUCAAGAUAGGUGAUAUCGUGAAGUACCGCUGUUUACCUGGAUACACACUGGUUGGAAAGGCAGAGCUUAUGUGUAGACUGAAUUCCCAUUUGCUUUUUGAGGCCCCACCCCCAGCAUGUCAAGCCCAGUGCCCAGCCAAUGAGGAACGAUCUUCGUCAUCAGGAGUGAUACUGAGUCCCGGGUUUCCUAGCAACUACCCAAACAGCCAGACAUGCUCCUGGCUGCUACACAUGGUUCCAGGUUACACCAUCAAUAUAUAUGUAGAGAUGUUUCACAGCGAGAAACAGUUUGAUGAACUUGAGAUUUUUGACGGGUCCUCAGGACAGAGCCCAUUGCUUGUCGCUCUUAGUGGUAACCACUCAUCUCAGCUGAACUUCACAUCUAAAACAAAUCAGCUCUAUCUACGGUGGUCCACCGACCAUGCAACCAACAAGAGAGGAUUCAAGAUACGAUACUCAGCUGCCUACUGUAGCAUUAAUGACCCCCCACUGAAUGGGGGCGUGGUCAACCGAACCAAGCUCCGUCCAGGUAGCAGACUUCAGUUCUACUGUAACCGUGGUUUCCGCCUGGUAGGCUCAAGCAAUUCCACCUGCAGGCUCCAUCCAAAUGGGCUUUUCCAGUGGGAUGCAUCACCACCUUUUUGUCAAGCUAUCUCAUGUGGAAUCCCACAGUCACCGGGCAAUGGCAGCUUCCAUGCUAACCAGUAUACCGUUGGUAGCCAGGUCACUUACCACUGUAAGCACGGUUAUCAUCUCGACCCUGGUGUUCCAAUGACAGCCGUGUGUUUGGAGGAUGGCAGCUGGAGUAAUGCUGCCACAGCUCCAAGAUGUCUACCAAUCCACUGCCCAAGCGCUGAGGGCACCCUCUCAGAUCACAUGACCUACCGCCUGCUCUCUGGUAGGUUGGGAGAGUUUGGCUCUAUGGUGAUGCUUGAAUGCUCGACAGGAUACUAUUUGGGUGUGGGGCAUCGGACUCUUCGCUGCCUUGCCAAUGGGACGUGGGAGGGGUCAGAUGACCCAGCUACAUGCAAGAUCAUCUCCUGUGGUGAGCUUCCAUCUCCAGCGUUUGGGACCAAACUGGGGAUGCUGACCACAUUUGGAGCUACUGCAAUCUUUAUGUGUAACCAUGGUUACACGCUGGUGGGGUCACAUGUCAGAGAGUGUGGUGCUGAUGGUCUAUGGAGUGGUGCGGAGACCAGGUGUCUAGCUGGCCACUGUGACUCUCCAGAUCCUAUAGUCAAUGGCCACAUUAGUGGAGAUGGCUCCAGUUACCGUGACACAGUGGUGUACCAGUGCAUGUUAGGAUAUCGCCUAAUCGGCACAUCAGUCAGAAUCUGUCAGCAAGACCACCGGUGGUCUGGAACAACACCCGUCUGCGUCCCUAUUACCUGUGGUCACCCUGGCAACCCAGCCAAUGGGCGGACCAAUGGCAGCGAGUUCAACCUCAAUGAUGUUGUCAACUUCACCUGUAACAGAGGUCACGUCCUCAGUGGAAACACUCGUGCUCAGUGCCGACUCAACGGGCAGUGGAGCAGCCCCCUACCUGUCUGCAAAGUGGUGAACUGUUCAGACCCUGGCCUGGUGGAAAAUGGCGUUCGCCAAUCUGGCCUACGUUAUCCAGAAGUCUUCAGCUAUGGUGUAACUGUGGCCAUCCACUGUAAACGAGGCUUUUACCUCCUGGGCUCAGCGCUCCUCACAUGCCAGGAUGAUGGACGAUGGGACCGACCAAUCCCUCAUUGCCUUGCUAUUUCCUGUGGUGACCCCGGUGUACCCCCUAAUGCAGUAGUGUCUGGAACCCGCAGCUGGACGUACAGUUCAGAGCUGCAGUACUCCUGCCUGCCUGGAGGGGUGUUGGUGGGCAACGCAACUCGCCACUGUCAGGAGGAUGGCACAUGGAGUGGAGCGCCACCAUACUGCACUGGUAUAAGUCCAGGAAUCUGUGGAGACCCAGGGAUGCCUCCCCAUGGUGCCCGUCUGGGAGGGGAAGAAUUUAAAACCAAGAGCCUGCUGCGUUUCAGCUGUGAGGCAGGAUAUAGUCUUAGUGGCUCAGCAGAGAGGACCUGCCUUCACAAUGGCACCUGGAGCGGCACGCAGCCUGUCUGUCAAGCUGUAUCCUGUGGUAACCCUGGCACCCCAGCACACGGCAGAAUUGUCUUCAGUGAUGGCAUCACCUUCGGCAGCUCGGUGGCUUACGCAUGCUGGGAGGGCUUCAAAACAUCAGGCCUGACCACCAGACACUGCACAACAAACGGAACAUGGACAGGACAGCCCCCAGACUGCACUGUGAUCAGUUGUGGGGACCCUGGGCCACUAGCCAAUGGGAUCUAUCUAGGAAGAGAGUUUACUUACAACCAUACAGUGAUCUACCGCUGUAACCCUGGUCACCUGAUGGAACCACCUGGACCUGGACGCAGCCUUCUGCGCUGCACUAAAGAUGGAACCUGGAACCAAACCAAACCCAGCUGUAAAGUGAUCCAGUGUGGACCUCCUCCUCAAGUACAUCAUGGGAAGGUGGAAGGAACCGACUAUUCAUGGGGAUCAAGUGUUAGCUACAGUUGUUUCCAUGGUUAUCAGAUGUCCACGCCUUCUGUGUUGACAUGUGAGGGGAAUGGGACGUGGACAGGAGACGUACCACAAUGCCUGCCUGCACUGUGUGGAGAUCCGGGCUCUCCUGGAGGAGGAUUCAGAGAGGGGAACGUCUUUUCCUUCCGGUCAGAGGUCAGGUUCUACUGCCAUACACCCUACUUGCUGGUAGGCUCUGUCUCCAGAGUUUGUCAAGCUGAUGGGAUUUGGAGUGGCCAGCAACCAGCCUGCAUAGACCCAGCCUUCAACAGCUGUCGUGACCCAGGAACUCCAGCCUACGGUAUCCCAGUCAUGGCCCAGGGCUUUCAGGUUGGAAGUAAAAUUUCCUUCAAGUGCCGCAAAAACUACCACAUCCUUGGUUCCACCACAAGAACUUGCCUAGAAAACCUCACCUGGAGUGGAACUCAACCUGAGUGCAUAGCGCAUUCAUGCAGACAGCCAGAGACCCCCAGUAAUGUAGACGUUCGAUCCAUGGACCUUCCUACCUUGGGAUAUACGCUGAUCUACACCUGUCAAGAUGGCUUCUAUUUGGCGGGGGGAUCAGAGCACCGAACCUGCAAAAGUGAUGGGAGAUGGUCGGGCAAACCCCCGCUCUGUAAAGUUGGAGUGAAAGUCAAUCCCAAAAGCAGAGGCGAGUCAGAUGUCCAGAAGAACAAGAUUCGAGUUCCAGUUGACGUGUUCUCUCCAAAUUCUGAGUGGAGUGGGUUUUACGAGUAUCUGGGAAAGAGACAAGCCACCACAUUUACAGUUACUGGGUUCAACACUACCAGUGGUAGAGUUAACGUCACAUUACUGGAGACCAGUGGAGUGUCAAUCAGACUCUCAGGUACCUACAAGUCCGAGGAAAACCAACUGCUAUUGAAGGUCUACCAGGUGAAGGGGCCAACAGAGCAUUACCUCAGCAAGUUUAAAAAUGACAACUGGGCGAUGGAUGGAUAUGUCACUGCAGAAUCAGACCAGAAGACUUUUGUCUACCAAGGGCAUAUUCACAGUAAAGACUUUGGCAAGUUCCAUCUGACGAGGCUAGGCCCUGUAACCAUGGCAAUGGACCCGUCCAACCCCUACACAAACAGCAGCUCUGUGGCAGCAGCCAUCUUAGUCCCUUUCUUUGCCCUCAUCCUGUCUGGAUUUGCCUUCUACCUCUACAAGCACAGGACAUUGUCUGCUGACACAGAUGACAAUGAGAGACCAAAAGACACCUGGGGGCCUGGCGGCAGGACACGUCCCAAGGUCCAGUUCAAUGGCUAUGUCGGCCAUGAGAGCUCCAAUGGCCAGGCGUCAUUUGAAAACCCAAUGUACGACACCAACAUGAAGCCCACUGAGGCUAAAGCGGUUCGAUUCGAUACCACACUUAAUACAGUCUGCACUGUGGUAUAGUCCAACAAACUUGCCACAACCUAUACAGUGGUUCAGUCCAACCUCCCUGUCGCAGUCUGCGGUGUGGUUUCACCAAACAGAGAAGAAAGAACAAGCUUAAGAUCUGGACUCGUCACUGUGAGCAGCCUGUGUUGUAAUAUGCUGGUCCUCCAUCAGCAUAAUAUGCACAGUAAUGCAGCUCUGCUCCACCUCCUACGUGACCAUGGUCAUCACCUCUUCUGGUAGUCUGAAAGUGCAAAGUUGGAACCAGUGAACAAGGGAGUAGACAAUGACGACAUGUUGUUGUUCAGGAGAUCAAUGCUGAGACCAGAAUUCUUCUACGGCAAUGUGGCUCGAAAAAACACAGAACGAUGGUACAACUAAUUGAACUUCUUCCAAACCAUGCUGUCAGUGCAACUUCUGCAAAAUUCGAUCCCACCAACUUAUGAAGGGCCAAAGUCGCACGGCCACUUUAAAAACCCGCCAGUAGUGGUUUGCCCAACCUAACCCCAUACCCCACGCCAAAUUUGCACAGUGGUAUAGGCUAACUAACUCCCCUGCUGCAGGCCAGACAUGGGUUCAACCAAUGCUAGGUUUUACCCUCAGGGGAAGCACAUAGACUAUUCCACCCUCGAAUCCCCUCAAGAUAUCAAAUACUGAUUGGAUGGUUCAGACAUGUCAACACGAAGAACCAUCAUCGGUGCUGGACCAAAAACCUCCCACUGGAUUUCCAUCACGCUGGACUUGACAGGACUGAACUCUCUGACAGCUUACACAGUCUGACUGUACAGACUGGUGUAAAGAUGUCAACCAAAUGCAGUGACAGUUUCAACCGGACCAAUUCCUUUAAAGAAAAUUAUCCACGUCACGGUCAAAUAACAGUUGCAGAUAAGUUUAAAAUGUUUUAGCUUACUUGGAGAAUGAGGAUGGUUUAAUAGAGGAGAAAAUCACAGAAUCAGAUGAGUUGAGUUGUUGGAUUUCCAGAUAAGUUCCUGUGAUUGUCCUUGCCACUUACUGUAUUGCCUUUUAUGACAAUGUCUACUAACAGUAUUUGGCAAAUGAUUAGGCUAAAACAUGCCAAAUCAAGAAUUUGCAAAUGAUAUUUUCCCCUGGCCAGUAGAAGAACAUUUGAACUAGUUCUAGACAAGUUUUGGAUAAUUUCAAAUAUUCUAUAGAAUUACUACACACUUAAAAUCAGUGCUAUAUACAAUAUUCCACACUAGCACUCAGCAGACUAUGCUGAACCAGAAAACCAAUUGAGUUGCCGGGCCGGUGUACACAAUGGACUGGUUUUCCAGAGGCCUGUCUGAUACAAUCAAAGAGUCAGACAACUGAUUCUUGUUCUUGGACUAGCCAGGAAUCUGUGCUUGGUGGCUGAACAAGUGGAAGCCUGGAGGCAAUAAGCUGUCAAGAUCAUCGACUGCUGCAAUCAGCUGUGGCCAAAUCCAGGAAGUGAUUUGUCUUCUCAAAGCUGCGGUCGGGAUUAUCAGUCAAGUUAUGACUGAUUUCUUUUCUUUUUCUUUUUUUUCUUUUUUCUUUUUUUACUACAGCAUACUCUCCAGCCACACAAUCGGAAGUAGAUCAACAAACAGAUUAACAGACAGAUAUUAGACAGACGGACACAGACAAAUGGAGGGAAAGACACCUCUGUCAGUCGUGCUGGAAAAGAAAGACAAGGACAGGUUGCUAUGAAAACAGAGGCAUAUAGUUGUCUCUGAUUGUCUCUACUGGCAUUUUUCUUCAGUGAAGAUAUUGAUGAACAGAGUCCAUGUUCAAAAAACCCAGUGGCCCCAUGGGACUUCCCAAACCACUGCUGCUGGGGACCCCAAAAUAUAAACUUUAUAUAAACUCUUAAACCGCACAAAUUUUGCACUAGUGUGUUUUUCUGACUGGGUUAUGAAAAAAAUGAAUAAUUUUUGGGUCUGAAGUGGGUUUGAAAAAUGAGUCAUACAAAAAAGAGAAUUUUAUUCAAAAACUUCUAUCUUUAAAAAGACAACAAAAUGACUAAAUAAAUACAGGGUUACAGAGUGUUUGUAUAUACACAUUUAUAUUUCACGCUCCCUGUUAGCAGAAGGUGUGACCACAUGCUAUACCGUUGUUUCUUCUGUUGCCAUGACUACAUACGAGCCAACCAGAUAGUUGGGAUCAGUUUACCUGUGGACCUCCAAGCUUCUAGUGUCGCAUAAUGACACCACUUUUUUGCCAUUGUUGGAGCAGUGGCUGUUUCUGAAAGAUCAUACUGACUACUGCCAUUACUGUAAAAUAUAUACAGAAAGGCUCACAUCCAUAAAAUGUAGUGUGGUCCAUCUGAAACACUGGUGCCAUGCUGCUGGUUUUAUUUUCAGCCAUUAAACUUCAAUAUAAUUUUCUGAGAUACUGUAUAGUUCUUUUAAACGCGUACUAAAUAGUACACAAAUAUUAAACAGUAUUUCAGUAUGGGCUCAUUUUUCUUUCUUGGUCAUGUGUAAUAGUAGACAGUGUAAGCUUUCAGAAACAACAUGUGACAGAUUCUCUGACUCUCUUUAAAAAGAUGUGUUGUGUUUCCACGACUGCUCACAUUAUCACGCAUCAUCUUACAACCCAUCUGAUGCCCAUGACUCUGUUUCAACACACCUCUUUUAAAGAGCUCACAGCGUACAUGUGAUCUGUUGGAGAAUCGGUCAUUUAGGGCAGAGGACAAACUGAUACAGUAUGAAGACAACAUGCACAAUUACUGUUGUCAACAGUUAUCGCCCCAUGGAGCCCCUCCAUUGUUUGAGAAAUACCUCGUGUGCAGAGAGUAAGUUACAUCCUGCUUAUAAAUGCUGGAACCUCACUGCAACAAAUACACAAGCUUAGCGAGUGCGACCUUGCAUUCAGCUUAUUUCCUGGUGAUUGAAGUCAAAAUGCGCUAACACCCAUGAGUCUGCCGGAUCCAAGAAAAUUCACCUGUUUCGAAUCACUUGCCAAGCUUGUUAUUUCGCGCAGUGUCCUCUCAAAAAUAUUUUUAUUUUUUGAAAGAUGCUGCACUCGGUUUAGUUCACAGAUGUAACUGCUUUCAGUGUGUGUCUUCAGGCCUGUUUCUUGUUUGUUUAUUCACGCUCCACGCACACACAUUCUAGCAUUAGGUUUACACUUCAGGCAUUUGCUUUAACCUGCAUGGAUUUUAUUGUCCAAAUGAAUUGUCAUUUAUGUUCCACAUGUUUUCAAAGAUCCAGUCUCAGUCCAUCAAUCUGUCAUACCUACAAACAAUACAUCACAAAUCCAUUCUUUUACACAUAUGAUAUCAAAUGGUGGGUGUCAAAAAAUGAAAAUGUAAUUGAUUUAGUCCAUGAAACACAUUAUAUGACACAUGCUAUGUUCCAGCUGGAGACUCAAUUUGCAGUGGAUGUAGCCCAGAACUUAAAUACUGAAAGAGAGAAAGAAACAUUUGGCAUGAGAAGAUUGUCACAUCUAACUAUUGUGGAGUAACUGGGAGUGAAUUAACAAGAAAACUGUGGUUUCUAUUUACACUUUCAGCUCACUUAAUUGAAAAUCAGUCUACUCCAAAACCUGAAGGUCGCAAAUGAAAUGUCCUGAAACAGUAGUGAUUAUGUUCGGAAGCUUGAAUACGGGAUUUUGCUGCUAUUAUCAUAUCCAUUGUUAGCCUGUCAUUCACAGCCUCACAGUGUCAGGGUCAUGGACACUCAGCCAGAAACACAUACACAAUAAAGAUAUGCAGAUGUCUGUACAGGCUAUAAUACCGACAGUAGUUACAGAAUACGUCAAAAUAGAUGACAUAUUUAAAAUCUCUUCACAGAAAUAAACUAGACAUCUGUAAACAACAGCUGAGCAUCUGCUCACGAGAUAGUGAGCCUCCUCUCCUUUUAUUGCUGGAGUGCACCCAGUGACUCAGUUUUAAUUGAUUUAAUUAAUUCAGCUGAGACUUCCUAUGGAGUCAAGAGAGCAUAAUAGCACCUGCAAAUUAGAGGCUGCAAAGGUUUCCACAGGCGUAAUAAAAGGUCUCAUUUUUAACAAUUAAUGGCACACAUCUGAUCUUCCAGUGUGCCCAAACAAGAACUUCUACACUCUGCCUUUUCUCCCUUUUCCGAUUUCCCUGUUUGCUCGGGCAUGUAAAGAUCAGAGUGGUGCUGCAGCGGUUAGAUUUCAGAUCUUGUAUACCUGCAGAAAAUUGAAGAAGUGCAGAGUGCUUGACUCAGAUAUGGUGUAUCAAGGUGGAGGUGUAGACAAAGUCAGAGUCAACACAGCCCUAGAUCGCCAGAUUAGUGUGCCAUAAGUAACACAAUGAAAGAAUGUAUGUUGAUAAUGUGUUUAAUAAACUUAAUGUAGUAAUACAUCUGAAAAAAAGAUGCUUAUCAGAUGGAGGAUCCUCUGACAAAAUCUUACUAGAGUCUUAUUAGGAGUCUAGUUUGUGUUUCAGUUUAGGGCUGUGAAUAUAGUUUGAAAACUAAUACACUAGAUUACUCUUAAACAACUUAAAUAUUACAUUUUUUGAUUCAAUCCAUUAAAAAAAUCUGUUUCAACAGAAAAGUCUCCAAGGUCAGAGAAGUAGUACUCAAAAAGGAGACUGCGGUUGAACUAAUGAUAGGGAUAUUAAUUUAAUUGAAAGGCAUGCAAAUGAUUUAAUGUGCUAGAAAGUCACUCCUCUAUCCAAUCUCCUGUAUUUCCUCCAACAUACAAAUACUGAAAAAUAGGAGGCCUAAGAACCCUGAUUAAGAGCAUUUAAUCAGACAUGACUGGGCAUGAUCUGACAGUGAACUGUUGGUCACUGUAAGAUCAUGUCCUGUCAUGUCCAAUCACUUUCGGCUUCCUCAGUGUUGCAAAUUUUCUAACAAAGGACCCGACUGGUGCAAUGACAUCAUCUUGUUUGGUAUAUCUCUUUUGUUUAUAUCUGUUGGGAAAAAAAAAUGGGGGAACGACAACAUGGAGGCUGCACAUUCUGUAUAUGCUGAUACAGAGUGGAACAGUGAUUUAUAGCAGUACAAGUCUCUUCUGAGUCAACAUUUGAAAGUGAGAUGCACUUUUUUCCUCUUAUAAUGACACAUUCUCUGACACAUCACAAAAAGUUUGAUGAUUCUCUCUUCACUCAUUACUUUCUGAAAAAUAAUUUGUCUCGAAGUUUCCACAUUUGUCCUUCAUUUGGCGCCGUCAGCAGUCCCCACUGUUUUUAAAGUGCGACAGCUGGCUACAGGUUGAAAAAAAAAUGAUAAAACUACCCUCUAAAUUUUAAAAUGCCAAGGUUGUUUCAGCUUCUGAGAGUUUGCACAGUUUGAGGAGAAGUUUCCAUAUUCGUCCCUCACUUUCUCUAAAGUGGUAUUGUCAGCAGUCCUCAUUGAGACAAAGGGGCCCAGAUUGCCGCAAGCUUGAAAAAUCCCAGCUAAAGUUGUAAAUGUCACACAUUGCCUCUCCACAUAGUGUAGCAUGGCAGAUUUUUUUUUUUAAUUUAUUUUUCUUCCCCUCUGUGGACUCUUAAAUACAGAAAAGAUUUAAUGCAGAUAUGAGAUGCAUCUAAAUUACAUCAAGAUGGGGUCUAAUCACUGGUGCAGAUACACCCACAGAGGACUGCAGGGUGGUGGCAGUAAACUUGUGUUUGGAGAGAAACUGCAUCAGACAUUUGUUCAUAUGUGGCUCAGCAGCCAUACAGACCUAUAGAUAGAUAUUUAUCUGCUUGAUCUGUAUGGCCAGAUGGAAAUCUUACCUUCACGUGCGUGUGUGUGUCAUACACACAUCCAGUAUAUCUGGGCUGCUUCAGGUUUCAGUGUGUAGGGUAAUCGAAUUUAGACAUUCUGUAUUCAGGGGCUUUGUUUCACCUUCUUCUCCAUAGUCUGGAUAGGACAAACUUCUCAUGUCAUUCGUUCAGCAGUACAGCUUUGUAGAAAAAUCUACAACCUUGUGUGUCUGAGCUGAGCGUGAGCUGACUACAGCCCCGCUUCACCGAUCAGUGCAAACGAUGAAUAAUUGUCAUUUCGGCACAUGGCAGCUUGUAGACUGGGACACCACAGAUAUUAGCGGCAUAUUCACACGUUACGGUGACACGUUCUCAGCAACACAUAUUGCUUAUAAAUGUGAACUGAAGAUAUCAUUUUAUUUUUGUUCCAAAUGGCACAGAGAUAUGCCACAGUCAUCGUUGAUGUUUUCGUGUUUUUAAGCAUCACAGUCGCCGCCAUUCUCGCCACCGUCACCUCUCGCCAUCAUCAUCAUCAUGUGCUGCUGAACUUGAAGUAGGUGCAAAAGAAAAAAAAUUUUUUGUACAGAAAUCUAUUUUUUAUGGAGAAUUUGUAAAAAAACAAAACAAACAAACAAAUUAUUAAACAUGCUGUACUUUUUAUGAUUAAUGAUGUAGGUACAACGAAAUCUUGUUCAUUAAAGUCAAUGUUUUUACUGUUACACGCCAUGUAAAAAUCUAUGGUUCAAACUGAGUAUCAAAUAUCAAAAAUGUCAUAUAAUCUCUUUUGUCCAUUACGGCUGCUUUUAUACAGGAACAGGAAACCUCGCAGGGACCCGGAGUUAAUUCUCUCCAUGCCGCAGAGACACUUAUCUCUGGGGUCACACCUGUGAAAACAUUUGCUAUUCACAAUCUAAAACACUUAAGUCUUAUAAAACGACGUGUCAGUUCCAACUCCUCUACAGAAUAUGUGUCUUCUGAUCUUCAACAUUUUUUCAAGUGAGCAUCCAGAAAAAAAAUAGUCCAUUAUGUAAUGUUACAUCAAUUUAAGGCGGCUUCUUACUCGGCAGCUGUGCCCUGAGAGACGCCUGAGCAUUGACAAUUUCUCACAUUAAAAUAUCUUGUUUACGUUCCUUUUAAAAAAAGAAAGAAAAAAAAAAAGAUUUCAAGUUG